AUUUGAGUCAGCACCAGCGACAGCUCUGCAGUCCUCCUAUGUGGUACUGAUCAGGUGGUUGCAGAGCUUCAGCUCACAGCAACACAAUGCAGCUGAGCAGGCAAGCACAGCCCACAGCCAGAAACAGUUCCGACUCUCCAGAACAAGACGACCUUUAAGCUUUAAGUUUCCCAGAGAAAAUGAGAUGCUGAUAUUGAAGACGACACUACGGCUUUGAUGGAAUAUCAGAUAUUGAAAAUGUCUCUCUGCCUGUUCAUCCUUCUGUUUCUCACACCUGGUAUUUUAUGCAUUUGUCCUCUGCAAUGUAUAUGCACAGAAAGGCACAGGCAUGUGGACUGUUCAGGCAGAAACUUGACUACAUUACCAUCUGGACUGCAAGAGAAUAUUAUACAUUUAAACCUGUCUUAUAACCACUUUACUGAUCUGCAUAACCAGUUAACCCAAUAUACCAAUCUGAGGACCCUGGACAUUUCAAACAACAGGCUUGAAAGCCUGCCUGCUCAGUUACCUCGGUCUCUGUGGAACAUGUCUGCUGCUAACAACAACAUUAAACUUCUUGACAAAUCUGAUACUGCUUAUCAGUGGAAUCUUAAAUAUCUGGAUGUUUCUAAGAAUAUGCUGGAAAAGGUUGUCCUCAUUAAAAAUACACUAAGAAGUCUUGAGGUUCUCAACCUCAGUAGUAACAAACUUUGGACAGUUCCAACCAACAUGCCCUUCAAACUACAUAUCGUGGACCUGUCUAAUAAUUCUUUGACACAAAUCCUUCCAGGUACAUUAAUAAACCUGACAAAUCUCACGCAUCUCUACCUGCACAACAAUAAGUUCACAUUCAUUCCAGACCAAUCUUUUGACCAGCUCUUUCAGUUGCAAGAGAUAACCCUUUACAAUAACAGGUGGUCAUGUGACCAUAAACAAAACAUUACUUACUUACUGAAGUGGAUGAUGGAAACAAAAGCCCAAGUGAUAGGGACUCCAUGUUCUACCCAAAUAUCAUCUUUAAAGGAACAUAACAUAUAUCCCACACCUUCUGGAUUUACCUCAAGCUUAUUCACUGUAAGUGGGAUGCAGACAGUGGACACCAUUAACUCUCUGAGUGUGGUAACUCAACCCAAAGUGACCAAAAUCCCCAAACAAUAUCGAACAAAGGAAACAACGUUUGGUGCCACUCUAAGCAAAGACACCACCUUUACUAGCACUGAUAAGGCUUUUGUGCCCUAUCCAGAAGAUACAUCCACAGAGACUAUCAAUUCACAUGAAGCAGCAGCUGCAACUCUAACUAUUCAUCUCCAAGAUGGAAUGGUUACAAACACAAGCCUCACUAGCUCAACAAAAUCAUCCCCAACACCCAUGACCCUAAGUAUCACUAGUGGCAUGCCAAAUAAUUUCUCUGAAAUGCCUCAACAAAGCACAACCCUUAACUUACGGAGGGAAGAGACAACCACAAACGUAAAGACUCAAUUACCUUCUGUGGCAAAUGCUUGGAAAGUAAAUGCUUCAUUUCUCUUAAUGCUCAAUGUUGUGGUCAUGCUGGCUGUCUGAGGGUCUGCAUUUUCUGAAACUAAUGAAAGCACUCCUCCCUGAUGUACAGUUGGGAAAAUAUGUUCAUAUCUAACCAGUGAUUCAAGCUAUAUUAAGUAUUCAAGAAAGCCAGUCUUAACAUUUCUGACUCUGAUGUAAAUGAAGUAACUUGUCUUAAAUAAAAGAAAUGCACAAUGCCUUGGUACUUGCUGCUAUUUUACUGUCUUAAUUAAGUAAACUAAUGAGUUUCUUUUAUAAAAAAAUGUUUUCUUUUUAAGGCUUCAAUUUAUUGCACAAAAUAUAAAGCAUCUAAACUUUAAUAUGUAUUUUAUGUAUGUUUACACUGUCAAACAUCUGGAAAAUAAAAGGUCUAUGCUCA